AUGAUAUUUGCACCUCAGGAAAAGAUUAUCUGCAUAAGAAAUAUAAGAUCAGUGAAUAAAUUUCAACAUAAAUUAUCACCAUUUAUUUAUCUAUUAAUCAAGAAUGGAAGAUCUGAGUGAUAUAAGUUUUAUAAACUUUGAUGAUAAACUGAGUUCACUACCACUAGAUGACUUAUACACAUCAAUGGACAAUGAAGUGACGGACUGUGGGAAUGCUGCGGACAUGAGUCGGCCUUCAAGCACGAUGAGCUUUGGCUCAUGGACAUUCUCACCCAUCACCGAGGACAACAGUGAUCAUGAACACCUGGAUCAUUGUGAAGCCAAUCAGAAACCAGAAUCCAAUGCCCAAUGUCAGUCAGUGAAGAGUGUUGCACCAGUCCAGUACCCAGCACAGGUCACACAUCAGCCGCUUAUCAAUCCAGCAUGUGAGUUUGUUUAUCCAAAUACUAUCACAUACCAUCAAAGUGUUAACAUUCAUAACUAUGUGGGUAAUUACUGUAUUGGAGCUCCCGUAUGGAAACCCGAGUAUGUGUGGGACCGUCCUAUACCUAGCCAUACACCAUUCCUGGACAGACCAGACACACCACAACACCAGAUCAAGACUGAACACCAUGAUCCACUGGCUAAUCUGAACACUGCUGGUCUAGAAUUCACACGAUGUUCUACGCCAGAGUACCUUAUGGCUCUCAACUCCCUAAACCAACUGGAUUCUCCUCCAAGACCAAACCAUUCUCUAGCAAUGAACUACAACUGUAAAGCGGCAUUCGAGGAAUCUAUAAAUAAAUCUUCCAAUAAUACAAAACAUGACAGUGGAUAUAAUUCUGAUCUGAACGUGUCACCAGUUAUUCAACUGCAGGAUGGCAACAUCAAACUACUCCAGCGUAAGCAGACGUCAACACCACAACCUUCACCUGUGCUUAGAGUGGCAAAUGUACAUCAGUUUAACAAGGAAAAUGUUGUGCCAAUGCCUCAGCAAUUCAUUCAACCAAAAUUCAAAAUUCCAACUCCGCAGUUUAUAACAAAACCUCAGUGCAAUGAACCCAUGCAAGACAAUUUACUAAUGCAACCAGGAGGCUAUCUUCAAUCAACCUUGCAGAAACCUGAAGCUAAUACAAACACUAACAUUAAAAAUUUCAAAACUAUGGCAGAUUACCAGAUGGCUAAGAAAACAAAAGCUGAAGCUGUGAAAGCUGUCAAACGAAAGAAUGAAAGUGAAUCAUCUUCGGACAGUAAGCGUCGCCGCCACAAUGAACCGCUGAGUAAUAAUGCUUUAUUAGUCAUGAAUGAGUGGUAUGAGAAAAAUUUGGAAAACCCCUACCCUACAAAAGCUGAAAAGGAAGAUCUUGCAAAACGUGGCGGAAUCUCAAUCGGUCAAGUUAAAUCCUGGUUUGCCAACAAACGUAAUCGUAGCAACAACACACGUCCAAAGAAGCAGAAGAAGGAGAUGGAAGGUCGUUUAAUGGAAAUAUGUCAUCAGCUUGCUAGAGAUGCUAGUAAACCAGAUAAAGACAAUGCUUACUAUAUACAACAACUGUCCUCCAUCUUAGACAGAACAAAAUACUGUUGAUAUCUGUCAGAUUAUCUUCCACUUGUAAUGUGCUAUAUUGAAUCUGUUAUUACUACUACCUAAAAUGAAUUUAUUGAAUAUGACACAAGUAUUUAAGGGCCAGAAACUUUUGGUUAUGAUAAAUUUUGAAAUUACCUUAUUUCUGAGAUAGUUAUGUGAAAUCAUACGCAGUAUUCAAAUUGUGAUAUAUGAUGUUUAUACAAUUGUGAUAUGUCUUCAAGUUAAGGCUUUAAUAAUGUGAUAUUCAUUCACUUCCAUGUGAUAUUUUUUUUCUGCAUUUUUUUCUGUGAUAAAUUCUGAGUUCAUUUAUUCAUCAUUCAUCAAUAAUUUGUGCAAUAUAAGUGUUCUGUGUUUUUCAAUAAUUUCAUUGUGAAUUUGAAAUAAGUUGGGCAAAAUCUAUUCUUAGUCAGACCAAUGAAAAAUGUUGGUUGGAUUUUUGUUUCUGUCUUGCAGCUGUACUGUGCAAGACUGAUGUGUUAUCUGGUAGGCAGCGUAAAAAUUCCUGAUUUAUUCCAAAUUCACAAUGACCGUGUUCUACUGUCAACGUAAAUGCAGAUUCUGAUAACUGUUUGUUAAUGUUUGUUACCUUAUUGUUAUUUAUCUUUGUGCUACACUGCAUUUUGUGCUUUUGUGUAUAUAGUGUACAAUAUAUAUUUAUUGACUUAAAAAUGUCUUUCAUAUUUGUCUUGCUAAUAAAAUGUGUAUGUAUUGCCUUGCAUGAAAUAGAUUUUUACCAUAAACUUUAAACAUGUU